CCUCGGGCCAACACCUGUGGGAGGAGAGUGUUAUUGUUAGCAAGUAAUUAGCGUGGAAGUUGAGCCUGGCGGCGGUGGAUUUCUCACACCAGACUUUGGCGUGGAACCUCAAAUAUUACUUGUGUCAUCUCCUGGAGUUGGAAUUAGUCAUGUUGGUAGUUUGAAGGUCUUCAUUUGACGCCAUCUUUGUUGGACUUCUUUCCGCCAUCUUUGUUUUACUUCUUCCCGCCAUCGUCAUCUUCUUCAUCUUUACUUCUUUUUACUCCUCAUCUCUCGGCAGGCCCUCGUUGCCCAGAUGUUGUCCACAGUGAUGAAGACCUGGGGGCUGGUGACCCUACUGUGUCUGACGGCCCUGGCUGUGCUCUAUACGUCCAAAUGGAAUCUGCCGUCCUUGUAUUUGCGCAGGUCGCUUGAGUUGAAGUCAUGCGACUGCCAGAAAUGUUUGAGCGAGAGCGACCCGGGCGUUAAGGAUCUUUUGGACGCGGCGCCCAAGCCCUUCUUGUCCAAGGGGGACCCCAUUUUUGAGGAGGAUUUCAACUGGUGGAAGCACUUGCAGAGUGAAAAGAGACCCUUCAGUUUCUUCAAAGAAACGGUCAACAAACUCUUCACCAUCUUUCCAGCCGUGCCCGACGUGGAGGCGGCGUCGCCCGACCUCUGCAGGACGUGUGCAGUGGUGGGCAAUUCAGGCAACCUCAAAGGCUCGCACUACGGACCACUGGUUGAUUACCACAACAUCGUGAUCAGAAUGAACGGCGGGCGCACCAAAGACUACGAGGAGGACGUGGGCACCAAGACGACUCAUCACGUCAUGUAUCCUGAGAGUGCCAAGUAUUUGGACAACUCCACACAUCUGGUCUUCUUUCCAUUCAAGAUCAACGACCUCCUGUGGCUGCUCAAGACCUUCACUCCCAGAGAAGUUGGCAAGGAGAACCCAGAGAAGCGGGGCAACAAGGACUUGGUGAUGAUCCUCAACCCUGGCUUCAUGAAACACGUCCAUGAAACGUGGCUGCAUAAGACCGGCAGCUACCCGUCCUCUGGAUUCAUGACCUUGGUUCUCAGUAUGCAGAUGUGUGAUGAGGUGAGUGUUUUUGGGUUCGGCGCAGACCGAGAUGGAAACUGGAACCAUUAUUUUGAAAUCCUGAAGAACAAAAGGCUGAGAACUGGACCUCACGCUGGCACGCAGGAGUAUGAAGUGAUCCAACAGUUGGAGGGCAAGCAGACCAUUCGCCUCCUUAAAGGAUUUUAAUGUCAUGAAUAAUACACGAUACUCAGUGACUCAGGUGACAAAAUAUUUAUUCAUCUUUCAUUGUUGGAAGAAAUGCAACAUAUGCAAGGCACAGAUAGUUUUUUCCCUGCAGGCAAAGUGAUACAAAUAUUUAUAUAUUAUAUACCUCCAUUGCCUUUAAGAUGCCUUAAUGACCAAAACGGGGACUUUUAGUUUUUAUUAGAGAGUUAAAGUCAUUGUCAUUUAUUGACUAUGAUUAUUUUGCCUUAGAUGAAAAAAUGAAAUUAAUAUAUUUGAGUACUUAGGAAUGCGAGUAGACACUUUAUAAGUAGAAAAGGACAUUGAGUGUACUUGUAUGGUGGACAAAACAAGUACUUAUAACCCAAUGAUGUUACGAGGUUACAGAAAUGCUCAUAAAAAGAUAUAUUUUACUGACAAAAUUAUAGGAUUGUACACUUUAUCCCAUGCUUAUAUCUCAUUGUGCAACAUGUGAAUGUUAAAAAGGGAACUACAAACCCCGUUUCCAUAUGAGUUGGGAAAUUGUGUUAGAUGUAAAUAUAAACAGAAUACAAUGAUUUGCAAAUCCUUUUCAACCCAUAUUCAGUUGAAUAUGCUACAAAGACGACAUAUUUGAUGUUCAAACUCAUAAACUUAUUUUUUUUUUGCAAAUAAUAAUUAACUUAGAAUUUCAUAGCUGCAACACGUGCCAAAGUAGUUGGGAAAGGGCAAGUUCACCACUGUGUGACAUCACCUUUUCUUUUAACAACACUCAAUAAACGUUUGGGAACUGAGGAAACUAAUUGUUGAAGCUUUGGAAGUGGAAUUCUUUCCCAUUCUUGUUUUAUGUAGAGCUUCAGUCGUUCAACAGUCCGGGGUCUCCGCUGUCCUAUUUUACGCUUCAUAAUGCGCCACACAUUUUCCAUGGGAGACAGGUCUGAACUGCAGGCAGGCCAGGAAAGUAUCCGCACUCUUUUUUUGAAGCCACGCUGUUGUAACACAUGCUGAAUGUGGCUUGGCAUUGUCUUGCUGAAAUAAGCAGGGGCGUACAUGAAGAAGACGGCGCUUAGAUGGCAGCAUAUGUUGUUCCAAAAGCUGUAUGUACCUUUCAGCAAUAAUGGUGCCUUCACGGAUGUGUAAGUUACCCAUGCCUUGGGCACUAAUGCACCCCCAUACCAUCACACAUGCUGGCUUUUCAACUUUGCCUUGAUAACAGUCUGGAUGGUUCGCUUCCCCUUUGAUCCGGAUGACACGAUGUUGAAUAUUUCCAAAAACAAUUUGAAAUGUGGACUUGUCAGACCACAGAACACUUUUCCACUUUGCAUCAGUCCAUCUUAGAUGAUCUCGGGCCCAGAGAAGCCGGCGGCGUUUCUGGAUGUUGUUGAUAAAUGGCUUUUACUUUGCAUAGUAGAGCUUUAACUUGCACUUACAGAUGUAGCGACCAACUGUAUUUAUUGACAGUGGUUUUCUGAAGUGUUCCUGAGCCCAUGUGGUGAUAUCCUUUAGAGAUUGAUGUCGGUUUUUGAUACAGUGCCGUCUAAGGGAUGGAAGGUCACGGUCAUUCAAUGUUGGUUUCCGGCCAUGCCGCUUACGUGGAGUGAUUUCUCCAGAUUCUCUGAACCUUUUGAUGAUAUUAUGGAGCGUAGAUGUUGAAAUCCCUACAUUUCUUGCAAUUGCACUUAGAGAAAGGUUGUUCUUAAACUGUUUGACUAUUUGCUCACGCAGUUGUGGACAAAGGGGUGUACCUCGCCCCAUCCUUUCUUGUGAAAGACUGAGCAUUUUUUGGGAAGCUGUUUUUAUAGCCAAUCAUGGCACCCACCUGUUCCCAAUUAGCCUGCACACCUGUGGGAUGUUCCAAAUAAGUGUUUGAUGAGCAUUCCUCCACUUUAUCAGUAUUUAUUGCCACCUUUCCCAACUUCUUUGUCACGUGUUGCUGGCAUCAAAUUCUAAAGUUAAUGAUUAUUUGCACAAAAAAAAAUUUUUUUUAUCAGUUUGAACAUCAAAUAUGUUGUCUUUGUAGCAUAUUCAACUGAAUAUGGGUUGAAAAGGAUUUGCAAAUCAUUGUAUUCUGUUUAUAUUUACAUUUAACACAAUUUCCCAACUCCUAUGUGAUCUAAAAGGGGUACAAGUUAUUCCCAAAGUAGAACCCACACCGGACAUAUAAUUUUAAUACGUAGCUCAUAACAAGCUGAUAUUUUUAUUUUUAUUGUGAGUGCACCAAAUCACUUAAAAAAUUUGUGUCACGCCCUAAUAGCUAAAAUAAUUAGAAAAUAGUCUGAUGCUGUCAUUUAUUCUAAUAGGACAUUUAAGUUGUUAUGAUGUCAGGUUUGAGACAUGUGUGAUGCUGGUGUGGCUACAUGUGCUCCACUCAUGCUCGGGGACUUUUAGCACAUGACAAAUUACAAGAACGUUGCUCAAAGUACUACUUAGUGCAGGGGUGUCCAAACUUUUUCACACUCACAUUCACACACUAGGGCCAAUUUAGUGUUGCCAAUCAACCUAUCAAACAUCUUAAAGUCCCCAAUUGGAAAAACUGGCUCUCAUGGUUUGUUUUGUUGUCUUUUCUGUUGCAACUGUAUGGCAUUUUUUUAAAUGCCUCAGGACAACAUUUUUAUUAUCAUGUAACACAUUUUUAAAUUUUUGCAAAAUCCAUUUAAUGACCCGCAGAAAUGUAUAAUUGGCUAUUUUAUGGCCAAAGUGACAAUCACACAAAGCCAAACAUGGAACUAAUUGGUCAUCUUCUUACUCCACGAUUUAUUAGCCUUGCACAAAUUAAGUUUUGGUUUGCAUUGGGCUUGUAGUAGUAGUACUAUCAAAUCAAAAAGGGUACUAUACUCUGUUUGAAAAGUACAGGUGCCCAGGCAUGACAUCACCUCGUGACUUUGCUAGUUUUACGAGCAGAGGAGCAUGUCCGGCAGCACACGCACACAGAGUACUUACAUGCAGACACAGUGUGUAGACAGAAAAGGGAGAAUUGACGCAUUUUGGUGUGAAAAGUAAAGAUAAAGGUGAAGUUAUAACACUGAAACACCCUUCAGGAAGAUCUGCUUUAAGACAUGGUGAGCUAACUAGUAGCUAACAUCCAUCCUCAGUGUUUUAGCUACUUCUAAAUCACUAAUCCUGGCCUCCAUGGCGACAAAGUAAGUUUCUUACAAGUAUAUUAUCACUGGAGGAUGGGAGAUAGCUAAACAUGCUUCACUACACACCGUAUAGCUCACCGGAGUCACAAUGUAAACAAACGCCAUGGGUGGAUCUACACCUGACAUCCACUGUAAUGAUACCAAGUACAAGAGUGUAUCUAGUCGAUACUACUAUGAUUACAUCGACAAAAUCUUUUUAGUUUAAAAAUGUAUAUUAUGUUCAUAAACUCAGGAAAUACAUCCCUGGGGACAUGAGGACUUUGAAUACGAUCCUGUAACUACUUGGUAUCGCAUCGAUACCUAAAUGUGUGGUAUCAUCCAAAACUAAUGUCAAGUCUCAAAGAAGAGAAGAAUAAGUGAUUAUUACAUUGGAACAGAAGUGUAGAUAGAACAUGUUAAAAGAGAAAACAGGCAGAUAUUGAAAGUAAAUGAACAAGUAGAUGAAUAAUCCCUUUUUACAGUUUGUCCCUCAUAAUGUGUACAAAAUACUAGCUGUAUAAAUGACACAGUAUGUUACUGCAGUCUUUGUUUACUUACUACUAAAAGACAAGUUGUCUAGUAUGUUCAACAUUUUAUUUAAGGACUAAAUGACAAUAAUAAACAUGUUUCAUGCA